AGACUCAUCUGGAGGCAGCAUCAGGCUGGACAGGACCUGGUAACGGAACCUUUGCUCUGCUGUUGGACACCUAAAGAUGUUUUUAUCUGACUUUAGGGGGAACACAGAGAACUUAGAUCUUCUCUAGAUGAACGUCCCAGAAGAAGAGAACAGACAUCAGAACGGUGGAAUCGGAACCGGACUCUCAGAUGUUUUUCAUCGGUUUGUUCCCGGAGGAUUUUACAAGUUUGGCCACAACAAGAAGAACUUCUGGAGAACAUCUCCAAAGAUGUCCAGAGAACCGACGAGACCUCAGCAACUGCUCCUCAGCGACUGAAGCAGGUUGGUCUAGAAGGUGGAGUGAAGCUGAACUGAAGCAUCACUGAUCGAUGGACCAAACUUCAGGCUCCAACUGGAUGCCAACAGGACGAUGAGCAGGAGUCCAACCUGCGCUGAUCACGGUACGCUGGCGUGAUGUCGGCGUGUCACUUGCUGCUGCUCACCUGUCUGCUGCUCGCCGCCACCAUCCGAGGCCACAACUGGAGACCCUGCACAGACCUGCUGCCUCUAGACCUGCUGACCAGAGCUCUGCCUGGACAAGCUCCGCCCACACAGGUGCAGAUGGUUCAGUCCAGAGGAUCCAGAGGUCUCCGAUUGGCCGGUGUCGAGGCGACAUCACUGAGUUUUCCCACCUCUCAAAUCUUCACCAACUGUGACUACUUCCCCUCUGAGUUCUCACUGGUCGCCACUGUCAAGAUACCCACCCUGAGACAGAAGACAAAUGAGUACAUCUUCUCUGUGGUGAAGGAGGGAUCUGAUUCAUUGUUGCUGGGGUUACGCGUGUCCAAGAACCGUCUCCACUUGUUGAACACGACCCCUGGUGUUGGUGGGCGGAGCCGGCAGAGUUUUAAGGAUGUUGGAUUGGAUGACAACCGCUGGCACACCGUGGUUCUGGCAGUCAGCGGCCCGUAUGCCACGCUGACUGUCGACUGUGGACUUCCUCUGGAGCUUAACCAGGCCCGGUCCUUCCCCAGCGCUCUGAGCACCAGAGGGUCCCGGUUCUUUGUGGGCAGUCGGGGAAGGUUGAGGGGCCAUUUCUCUGGCCUCCUCCGUCAGCUGGUUCUGCUGCCCGGAUCGGAUGCUACGCCCCGACUCUGUCCUUCCUCAGACCCGGCUGUGGCCGAGCUGGCCGUCCCUGCCGUUCUGAAGUCCAUCCCCCUCCAGCCGGACCAGCAGGAACCAGUUUACCCGUACGAGGCUGAAGCCAGAGUGAGGCUGGGAACCCGUCCUCCGUGUUCCUCAGUAGAACACGGCCAGCUGUGGUUCAACGCUCGGGGCAGAGGUCUGUUCAUCUGCGACGGCCGGACGUGGAAAUCGCUGCUGCAAAGUCCAGAGCGUCUGGACUACCUGGAGGACUACCAGGACCUCUACACCCGCUCAGAAACCUUCGACGUUGAGGUCUUCUCCAUCCCAGCUGAAGGCCUGUUCAUGGCUACAGCCAACAGGGACUCUCGGCCCGGUUCAGGAAUCUACCGAUGGACAGAUGGCUCCUUCCAGCUGUACCAGAACAUCAGCACCCAAGAGGCCCGGGCCUGGAAGCACUUCACCAUCGAUGACCAGAUUUUUCUGGUGGUGGCGAACCUGAGGGAGGUAGAGCCUGAACUGUCAGUCAUCUAUCGGUGGAACUGGCGCCGGCGGCGUUUCGUCCGUUUUCAGACUCUGGAGACUCACGCUGCUCAGGACUGGGAGGCCUUCAGCAUCCACAAUCACAGCUUCCUGGUCGUAGCCAAUCACAGACGAGCCAGAGACUCCAACCACAACAUCCACAGCGUGAUCUACAGGUGGAACCACGACACACAGCUGUUUGAGGUGAACCAGACCCUGUCCACGUCCGGAGCGUACGACUGGGAGUUCUUCAGCGUGGGACCGUACCACUUCCUGGUGGUGGCCAACACGUUUGACGGCCGGACCACCUCCAUCAGCUCCACCGUGUACGUCUGGUUGGACGGAUGCUUCCAGGUGUUCCAGAACAUCCCGACGGUUGGAGCCACAGACUGGGAGACGUUCCAGAUCGAUGGCAGGUUCUUCCUGGCCGUUGCCAACAGUCAGAAGGUUUCUGAUCACGGUCCGAGUCUCUACAGCAUCAACUCCACCGUGUACGAGCUCAACAUGCUGACCCAGACCUUCAUCCGCUUCCAGGACAUCCUGACACACAGUGCGGUGGACUGGGAGUUCUUCACUGUUGGAGAUGAAAAGUUUCUGGUUGUGGCGAACUCUCAUGAUGGAAACUCGUAUUCUCUGAACAGCGUCAUCUACAGAUACCAGGGCUAUGAGGGCUUCGUUCCAGUCCACAGUCUGCCCACCUUCGGCUGCAGAGACUGGGAACACUUCAAGACCGAGCAGGGACAGUUCCUCCUCUACUCCAGCGCCACCUCCAGGCUCAGUAAGGUGUUCAGACUGAAGACUUACUGACAGGACCAGGACCAGGACCAGGACCACAACCAGGACCAGGACCACAACCAGAACCACAACACAAGAACAAGGACCAGGACCACAACCAGGACCAGAACCACAACCAGGACCAGGACCACAACCAGGACCAGAACCAGAACCAGAAUCAGGAACUUGCCUGAGGACUGACAGAAGCAGAACCAGAACGAGGAACUGGACUUUCGUCAUCUUCAGCUGAGAAACUCUGGAGCAUAAACUUGAUGAUUGCAGCACUCUGGUUGAAGGAACCGGAUCGUGUAAAGUUCUGCUGAUGGGUCAGUCCAUUAAGAUUCACGAGAACCUCUUCAGAACAUCUGGUUCUUCAUCUCCAGUAACUUUACUAAUAAUCAGAGUUCUACCUUCAUACUGGGAAUAUUUCCAUAGUUCCAGGUCCUUGAAGUCCAUACAGGAGAAUGUCCCCUGUAGAAAGUUCUAGAGUUCUAGAGUACACCUACCAACAACUGGACAGUUGUUGGUAGGUGUACUCUAGAACUUUCUCCAGUUGUCGGUAGGUCUAAUCUAGAACUUUCUCCAGUUGUCGGUAGGUCAACUCUAGAACUUUCUCCAGUUGUCGGUAGGUCAACUCUAGAACUUUCUCCAGUUGUCGGUAGGUCAGCUGUAGAACUUUCUCCAGGGGACGUGCUCCUCUAUGGACUUCAAGGACCUGGAACUAUGGAAAUAUUCCCAGUAUGAAGGUAGAACUCUCCGUUCUCUUUAAGUUUAGUCUCACUUAGAACAUUCCAGGUCCUUUAAGUCCAUAGAGGUGGGUCCAGAUUUAUCUCUUUUUAAUGGACUUUUCCAGAACUUCAUCAGUCCAGCAGAUAGAACCAUGACAUUUUAGGAGGAGAAACAUCUGAGUUCUGGUAAAACUGACUCCAGAUCAGUUUAAAUUCAUCCAAAUGAACCUGGUUUCUCUAUAAAUACCUCUGAGCUUCAGUCUUAUGGGAUGUAUCGGAGCAUGAAGGACACAUUGAUCAGUACUAGAACCAUCAUCGUCUUCUGGUUAAUUCCAGGAUGAGAAACGUGAUUUAACUUCACUGCAGUGGGGAUUGUAUUGAAUAUAUGAAAUAUUUUCUUCCUAAUAACCUCAUAAGCUAUUCUGAGAAUUAAUGUUGACUUCAUGAUGAUGCAGCAAAGAAAAGCUUUCUGAAGGAUCUGUAGUAGAACCUGAGCAUCAUGUGAUCAGAACUGCUGUAAAAGCAGACCAAUAAAACACAUUCCUAUCAUAAUAAUAAUAAUAAUGAUAAUAAUAAUAAUAAUAAUAAUAAUAAUAAUAAUAAUAAUAAUAAUAAUAAUAAAUCUAAACAUUUUAAAGGAGACAGAGAUCUGUUUAGAACCUGAGACAGAACCACAGAGAUGUUCAUCUAGUCUGGUUUGGAUUUAAUCAAUUUAAACAGAACUAAUAAAGUUUUAUCAGAAUAUUGUGAUGUUAUUCUCAGGAGAAACAUUAAAACCCAACCCUGUGUUCUCGUCUGUUUUUCUUCUAAACGUUCAAAUGUUCAGGUGGAACCACACCAGCAGGAAUCUGUCAUUUUAAUGUCUGAAGUUUAUUUAAAGACAUUUUCCUCUGAUUUACUUCAUUUGUUUUCUUAUGUUUGUUUUAAAUUUCUCAAUAUUUGAUAUUUAUUUUGUAUUUUACCUUUAAAACGUGUACUUUCACAGUAAUUUAAUUAUUUCUGUGUACUUUUAUACUUUAUAAUUCAGCAGAAAUAUCUCUGGGAUGUCAUUCUGUACAGUUAAAAACAUGCUCAUUAAAUAAAAUCUACUUUAUUCAUU